AGUGAAGCACAUCAUGAGCCAAACGUCCGGUCCAGUGUAGCAAGAUGUAUUUUUUAGCUUAGUUGAUCUAAAUAAGCCUUUUAAAAAACACAAACCAACGUUAUAUUUCGAUAAACAGCAGGCAUGAAACUGUACGAGGCGCUCCGUAAUGUCAGCAAGUUCAGGACCGUUUUCGACUUUGGCGGACGGGACGUGGCUCACUGGUUCCCCGGACACAUGGCUAAAGGACUGAAGCAGAUGAGAGCCAGCCUCAAGAGUGUGGACUGCAUCAUAGAGAUCCAUGAUGCCAGAAUCCCCUACUCUGGAAGAAACCCUGCUUUUCAGGAAACUCUGGAUGUCAGACCACACCUGCUGAUUCUCAACAAGAUGGACCUUGCUGAUUUGACCAAUGAGCAGAGAAUCAUGAAGACGCUAGAAAAAAACGGGGUGAGAAAUGUUCUCUUCACAGACUGUUUAAAGCAGAGAGAUGAAAACAUCAAAAAGUUGGUGCCAAUGGUGGUGGAAAUUAUUGAGAGCAGUCCACGCUUUAACAGAAAUGAGAAUACUGAUUAUUGCCUGAUGGUGAUCGGAGUCCCCAACGUGGGGAAGUCAUCUCUUAUUAACUCUUUAAGAAGAACAAACUUAAAAAAAGGUCGUGCAUCUAGAGUCGGUGGAGAGCCAGGUAUAACAAGAGCAGUCCUGACUAAAAUACAGGUAUGUGAGCGACCCAUGAUGCACCUGUUGGACACGCCAGGAGUCUUGCCUCCUAAGAUUGAGAGCGUUGAAACAGGCAUGAAGCUGGCAUUAUGUGGAACUAUUUUGGACCAUUUAGUGGGCGAAGACAUUAUCGCUGACUACUUACUUUAUUCUCUGAACAGGCUUGAGAAGUUCAGUUAUGUGGAGAGAUACGACCUCCAAGAGCCGAGCGAUGACAUUCAGCAUGUCCUCAAACGUAUUGCUGUAAAACUUGGAAAGACGCAACGGGUCAAAGCCAUUACUGGAGUGGGGAACAUCACCAUCACUGUCCCAAACUACACAGCAGCAGCUUACGAUUUCAUAAGAGCCUUCAGGAGAGGAGAGCUGGGACGAGUGAUGCUCGACUGAGCUGAGACAUUUUAAUGAAGACAAUCAGAGACUGUUUCUGGACUUUACCAAUGCUACCCCACAAAAGCAUCAUCAAGGGAAGUCCGUCUCUGUCUUCAGGCCUUUGACAUUUCAGUGAAGAGAUGUUUUGUUUAUGGAUGAUGCACCAAAGCACUGUAUCCCUUGUAAAUAAAAGAAUUAAAUUGAUUCAGUA